AUGGCAGAGGAGGCAUGGAAACUCAAAUCCUUGGGUGAGAUGACAAACAUUCUAAAGCAACUCCAAUUGGGUCAACAACAACCUUCAUCGCCUCCUCAACAGUAUAGCCAACAACCUCCUCAACAAUAUAGUCAACAAUUGGUCCCCCAAAAAGUGUGUGGCAUUUGCUCUUGCUAUUUCCAUUACACGGACGAAUGUCCGAAUCUUCAAGAAGAUAACACCUUGGUGGUUACCCACAACUAUUAUGACCACCCAAAUCAAGGGUACCACCAGCAAGGCGGCAAUUUCAACCAAGGGUACCCCCAACAAGGAGGAAGCUACAAUCAAGGUGGUGGCAAUUAUAAUCAAAAUUGGAGGGACAAUCACCAACAAGGAGGUAGGGACAACAACAAUAAUGGAGGCCAAAAAGAGCUUCAAACCACACUUGCUUCCGGCCUUACCGGUCUUACAUAUACUCUACAAGCUCUUCUUGCAUGCAUGGACCCGCCCUCCACUUCCGCUCCUCAAGCCCCAAAUUCUAGUGCCAUUCCCUCUCAACCUCAACCCAAUCCCAAAGGUGGCAUUAAUGCCAUUACCUUGAGAUCUGAGACUCAAUUGAAAGAGAAGAAGGUAAAGGACCCAAGUCCGAUCAUAAUCACUCAAGAGGAGGAGGGAAUCAAGAUAAAGGAAAUAGAAGAGGAGGAGGAAGCACAAGUCAUAGUUGAAAAUGAAGAGACUCAACCAACAAGUGAGGUCCCCAAGAAUAAGGGAGCCGUGGAAGAAGAAAUUGCUCAACCAAUUCCAUUUCCUACACUUGUAAAGAAAGCUAGGAAGUGUAUGGAACUUAACCCCAAAACAGUAAAGAUGUUCAAGAAAGUUGAGGUAACUAUACCCCUCUUUGAUGUUAUCCAUUAA